AUGUCUUCUAACAUCUAAUUGACAUAAUCAUAAAUUCAUUAGUUGUUUUCUAUUUGUGAACUAAAAACAACUGAUACUAAAAAACCUGAAAUACCCUCAUUUAAGGAAGUUUAAUAAAGUGCACAUUUCAUCAAAGAGGAUGUAUUAAUUUUGGAUUAUUAAUUAGUAAUGCUAAUAUACCUCUGAUUCAAAGAAAGAAGAUUAUUAUACUAACAAUCCUACAACUAAUACCAAUAGGCAUCUAAGUUAAGAUUCAAUAUUUGAAAUUAAAGAUGACACUGUUAGAAGUAGAUUAUAUUGAUUAUUCAGUAUAGUAUCAAAAUUAGAAUAUGAGAAUUUAAAAAGGGAUGCACUUUGUUAUUAAACUCUAGUCAAAUAAAAUAAAGAAUUGAAAACACAAAAACCUUUCGUCAUUUAACUAAAUUAAUAAAAAUGUGAUAAUUCAUUUCUAAUUUUAAGCUGAGACCUAUCUUUGGUAAGAGAGUAAUAAAAAAAUGUAGAAACACAUUUAUGAUCUCUUAUAGAAUGCAUAAUCUAUUGAAAAUGAAAAUUAAAAAUAUUAAGAUUAGAUUUUAUAACUGAGAUUAUAAAUAUAAGAUUAAUUAAAGAUUAUACAAUAAGGUAAAAUAGAUUAGGAACGUCUUAAAAUAUCAAUUAUUUAAAAAGAUGAAGCUUAUAUCAAACUAAAAGAUUAGUUUGAUAAAUUAGCUAAAGAUAUAGAAAGGACUAAGAAUUGUAAGAGUGUUUAAAGAAACACUUACAUGCCAACUAAUACUUCAAAUUCUUUACUUAAGAAAGGAUUUUCAAAUGUUAAUCUUAAAAAUUAUUGUAACCAAAGUUUAUUUAUUGAAAAAUAGAGUUGA